AUUGGCAUAGGGCCUGGAUCAAGUCUCUGUGACGUAACAUAAGGAACAAGUCAAGCGCUUGUUAUCAACAAUUAGAUGGCGGAGUUGAAUUCUGAUUCGGAAAGCUCUCAUAGUUUGCAAUGUGAUUCGGAGUAUGAUUAUAUUCCCGGUUAUGUCAUCGAAGAUGAAACAAGGAACAUUAAUGACCAGGUAUAUAAUACAAUAGAUGAAAAUCACGGAGAGUCCGAGUCCGAUCUUUACGCUGAUGAACCAAUGGCCGAACAAGCAUGGUACGAAGACUACGUUGAAGUGUCAAAUGAACAUAAAAAGCAACUUGAAUUGCUACAAGAAAGACUUGAUCACACAGUUGAGUUGAUGUCUUGGUGCAAGUGUGGUUUGUGUCAAGUUUCACUUCUCCAGAAUCUUCUAUAGGCCUGGUGCUGCCAAGAACUUAAGUCUGUAGCUGAAAUCUUAACACAACAGUCAGUUCUGGCAGAUCUGCCAGCUGUUGCAUGUUGUGUCACUCUACACCCAGAUUUCAGACCAGUUUGUUUGGAAAAGUGGUUGCUAAAAAUAGAUGCUAAGAAAUAC